CUCUACCCGCUGAACCAGAACGACAAGAGCAAACCGUACCACUACAAACCGGGCAGCAUCAUCUCCGUCGAGGGAGAGUUCCUGGAUCUGGCCAUGUACAAGCACGAGGUGGAGGCUCGGAUCGGCGACGGCCUGUGUUUGGUGAAGACUCUGACCCACAACCACUUGUACUGCGAACCUCCCGCUCAUCUGCCCAGCAGGAAGCAGGACGGCAUGGACAGCCUGCCGGAGUUCAUUGUUUGGAUGGGAAACCUGAACUUCUCGCUGGGCAGAGUGCAGUACGACACCCAGGCUCAGUCCACGUUUCCUCUGGAGGCGCAGGUGGGAGUCGGGGUGGGAGCGUCCAUCCUGGCUCUGAUUGUCCUCAUCAUUGUCCUCAUAUACAG